AUGGCGGCUCAGAAUUCUCCAGCUUCAAACUGCAGCUGGUGGCCGAUCUCAACCCCAGAAAACGAUGGAAAGAUCAACGAGGGCGACCAGAGCAGCACCCCAGCCACAGAACAGGCGGGAUUGUUCUCGGAUAAAAACGAAAAAGACAGCAGCGACAGCAUCGUCUUGUAUCAUUGGACUCAGUCAUUCAGCUCUCAGAAGAGGUUGAGAGUUCGUCUACUGAUUGCAGAGAAAGGUGUGCAAUGUGAUGAACGGGAUGUUAGUUUACCAUUAACUGAACACAAGGAACCAUGGUUUAUGCGCCUGAACCUAAGUGAAGAAGUGCCAGUACUGAUCCAUGGGGACAAUAUCAUCAGUGAUUACAACCAAAUUAUUGAUUACCUAGAGAAGGUCUUUGUGGGAGAAAACUUCUCAAGAUUAAUUCCAGAAGCAGGGAGCCUUACUUAUUCCAGAAUGCAGCAUUUUAAAGACUUGCUGGACUCACUGCCCAUGGAUGCCUACACUCAUGGCUGCAUUUUACAUCCAGAAUUGACCACAGAAUCCAUGAUCCCGAAGUAUGCUACAGCUGAAAUCCGCAGACAUUUAGUAAACACCGCUGCAGAACUCAUGAAGCUUGACCAAGAACAACCUCAACUUACAGAGCCAUACCUUUCCAAACAAAAAAAACUUAUGACUAAGAUACUUGACCAUGACGAUGUGAACAAUCUGAAGAAAAUUCUUAGUGAGUUAGGAAAAGUUUUAGAUCAAGUGGAAGCAGAGCUUGAACAGCGAAAGCAUGAAGUAGCAGGACAGAAGUGUGAAACGUGGCUUUGUGGAUCAAUUUUUACCUUAGCGGAUAUCUCCCUUGGAGCAACGUUACAUCGCUUAAAAUUCUUGGGGCUUGCUAAAAAGUACUGGGGAAAUGCAGAUCGACCCAAUUUAAAAGCAUAUUUUGAAAGAGUGCAGAAACGUACUGCAUUUCGAAAGGUUUUGGGAGACAUACAUACCACAUUGCUGUCAGCUGUUUUGCCUAACGCAUUCCGCCUUGUGAAAAGAAAACCACCUUCUUUCUUUGGCGCCUCAUUUUUAAUGGGAACCCUUGGUGGAAUGGGAUAUUUUGCUUACUGGUAUCUCAAGAAAAAAUAUAUGUAA